CAUAGUUGCACAAAAAUUCAACUCUUCAAACUAAACGCGUUGAACAAUACCACCAAACACAACACAACAAUUAAAUACCAAAUAUGAAACCUCUUCAAAAUACUAUACAUCUUCAAACACCUUUAUCAUAAAAACAUGUUCAAAUAAAACUUUCUUAUUUCUCACAAACACAAAAAAUUAAUCCUCAAAAAAAAAAAGAAGCCAUGCAACUCCAUAAUCUUUGCAUUGUUUUACCACCAAAUUCAGGUGAAAUAAUAAAACAGAAUGAAAAGGGUCAUCAAAAAUCUUUUCAAUCUUCAAAGAAACACAAAGUUAAGUCCAAAAGGCCUUCAAGGUCUUGUGGUGGACAACAACAAGUUCUUGAUUUGAUUCAUGAUUCAUUAAACAAGUUGUGUAGUUUAAGGUUGUGGAAAUUUUGCCAACAUAGGGGGAUGCAAAAAGAGAAAAGGAAGAACACUUCAAGUGUGGUUUUUCAUGACAUGGAUGGUGUUCAAUUUGCUGUCAAGAUUGGAAGAGACAAUCCAAGGAUUUUUAGCUAUGCAGAACUUUUCAUAGGUUCAAAUGGUUUCAAUGAAGAACAAGUUCUAGGGAGUGGUGGAUUUGGCAAAGUUUACAAAGCUGUUUUACCAAGUGAUGGAACUUUGGUUGCUGUCAAAUGCUGUUUAUCAGAAAAAGGGAAGCAAUUUGACAAAAGUUUUCUAGCAGAGUUAAACGCGGUAGCCGAUCUUCGACACAAGAAUCUUGUGAGGUUAAGAGGUUGGUGUGUUCAUGAAGAUCAAUUACAUCUUGUUUAUGAUUACAUGCGGAAUCGCAGCCUUGACCGUGUACUCUUCCGAAGGCCUAAGAAUUCGAAAGGCGAUGAUUCGACUCUCGGUUGGACACAAAGAGGUAAAAUUGUUAAAGGUUUAGCUGCUGCAUUGUAUUAUUUACAUGAACAAUUAGAGACUCAAAUCAUUCAUAGAGAUGUUAAAACAAGUAAUGUUAUGCUUGAUUCACAUUACAAUGCUAAGUUAGGUGAUUUUGGAAUGGCAAGAUGGCUAGAACAUGAACUUGAGCUUGAAUUCAAGUACAACUACAAUCAAAACAAUAGUAAGAAAACAUCAAGUAGAAUUGAUCAUUUCAAGUUAGGACAAACAUCAAGAAUUGGUGGAACAAUUGGUUAUCUUCCACCAGAAAGUUUGCAAAAACAUAGCAAUGGUACUACUUCAAAAUGUGAUGUAUUCAGCUUUGGUAUAGUUGUUCUUGAAGUUGUAUCAGGAAGGAGAGCAAUAGAUCUAACAUACCCAGAUGAGAAAAUCAUUUUGGUUGAUUGGAUUAGAAGGCUUUGUGAUGAAGGGAAGGUUCUAGAAGCAGCUGAUACUAGACUAGUACAUGAUGUUGAUGGAUCAUACAAUUUUUCUGAGAUGAAACAUUUUAUUCAUAUAGGCUUACUUUGCACACUUCAUGAUCCAAAUUUGAGGCCUAAUAUGAAAUGGGCUGUGGAAGCACUUUCUGAUGUUUGUUUCAAACUUCCUUCACUUCCUUCAUUUCUUUCACACCCUCUUUAUAUCUCUUUGUCUUCUCCUUCUGAGACUAGUCCUAGUAGCAUAAGUGGAACUAAUUCAGCCACAGAAAAUACUAGCUUAAUCACAAACUAUAGUACUUCAUCAAACUAUGUCACAGCUCCAAUGGAAGAAACAGUUUAUGCAACUGCUCAACAAAAAAACAGUGGAAAUUGUGGAAUUGGAAUCAUCUCUUCUAAGAGCAUGAACCAUCAAAACAAGGGAAAAUUUCCUGUGGUUGAAACUCCAAGAGAAAUAUCAUACAAGGAAAUUGUUUGUGCUACAAAUAACUUCUCAGAGUCAAGAAGGGUAGCUGAACUAGACUUUGGAACAGCUUAUCAUGGGAUAAUUGAUGAUAAUUGUCAUGUUUUGAUAAAAAGGUUGGGGAUGAAGACGUGUCCUGCAUUGCGCGAUAGAUUCUCAAAUGAACUAAGGAAUCUAGGAAGGCUUCGGCAUCGGAAUUUGGUUCAGCUUCGAGGAUGGUGCACUGAACAAGGAGAGAUGCUUGUUGUUUAUGAUUACUCAGCAAGUAGGAUUCUAAGUCAAAAGCUUCUUCAGAUUCAUAACAACAAAGGUGUGAAUGGAGAUUCUGUUCUUCAAUGGAAUCAUAGGUACAAUAUAGUGAAAUCACUUGCUUCUGCAGUUCUUUAUCUACAUGAAGAAUGGGAUGAAAAAGUGAUUCAUAGAAACAUUACUUCUUCAGCUGUGAUUCUUGAACAAGAUAUGAAUCCAAGACUCACAAGUUUUGCAUUAGCUGAGUUUCUGUCAAGGAAUGAGCAUGGCCAUCAUGAUGCAGCCAAAGAUACUGACAAAUCGGUUCGGGGGAUUUUCGGUUACAUGUCUCCGGAAUACGUUGAAUCGGGCGAAGCAACUACGGCUGCCGAUGUUUAUAGUUUCGGUGUGGUGGUGCUUGAAGUUGUCAGCGGAACGAUGGCAGUCGAUUUUCGGUAUCAAGAGGUUCUUUUGGUGAAGAAGGUUCAUGAAUUUGUGAUAAGGAAAAGACCAUUGAAGGAAAUAGCUGAUAUAAGACUCAAUGGUGAGUAUAAUGAGAAAGAAUUGAUGAGGUUGGUUAGAUUAGGAAUUGCAUGCACUUCUUGUGAUCCUAAAUUAAGACCAAACAUGAGACAAAUUGUGAGCAUACUUGAUGGAAAUGAUAAAUUGCUCAACAUGAAAAACAAGGAAAGUAGGGAAGAAUGGAGAGAAACAAAUGCUAGUUCUUUGUCAAUGAUUAGGAGAAUUCAAGCUCUAGGAAUACAGUAAGAAGUUAUACAAGAAAUUGGACUGAUCAAAUGGUAAUUAGGGGCCGGUUACUUUAUGAAAACAUUUCCUGUUUUCAUUUCCUAAAUUGUGUUGAUUUUCCUCGCUAAGAUGAAGGUAAGAGACUUUCGAAGUAAACAAUUGUCUAUAUUUUUAAAAACAAUGAAAAUAUCAACAACAAAAAAUUGUUUUCAUUAUUUUCAGAAAUGCAUUUUCAUUAACUAGCAUUUCAUCUUAUUUCCAUGAUAGUGGUUUACUUCAAGAGUCUCUCAUCAAGAUAAAUGAACACAUAUUUUAGAAAAUGAAAACAAAAUACACUUUCUUGUUUCAGUUCUGUAUGCAUUUUUUUGUUAUUUUGUUUGAUUAUGUCUUUGCUAUGUUGUACAUAAUUGAAGCUUAAUGUAUUAGUGCUAUGUUUCUAUUCACA